UCCAGAGGACCAGAACACUCCACAUCACACAGCAAAAGACAAAACAACCCCCACCACAAGACACGUGGUGUAGCUCUGCAAUUUGCACCCAACUAUCGCGACAUAUCUUAUUCUUUACCUGUAACAAUACUAACAGAGCAAUUUCAGAGCAGGAUGACGGUUCCAACAACGACGGCGCUUGGGACAGUGAGCAGAGCGGCGGCAACCGCCGCAGCAGGAGGAGGAGGAGGAGGCAGCAAGAAGGUGAUGAUAACAGGAGUGGGGAAGGGUCUAGGGAGAGCAUUAGCCCUAGAAUUAGACAAGAGAGGUCACAUUGUUAUCGGCUGCUCCCGUUCCCAGGACAAUCUCAAUUCUCUCCAGUCUCAAUUCUCCUCCGAUAAGCACCUCCUCCUCGACGCCGACGUGAAAUCAAAUAGCAGUGUUGAAGAGCUUGCGCGUGUUGUUGUUGAGAAGAAAGGCGUUCCUGAUAUCAUAGUGAACAAUGCGGGUACAAUUAACCAAAACAAGAAGAUUUGGGAGGUCAGUGAAGAAGAAUUUGAUAGUGUUAUUGAUACAAAUGUGAAAGGGAUAGCCAAUAUGUUGCGCCAUUUCAUCCCUCUUAUGAUACCAAACAAGCAAGGGAUUAUUGUUAACAUGUCCUCUGGAUGGGGAAGGUCCGGCGCUGCGCUGGUUGCACCUUAUUGUGCAUCUAAAUGGGCUGUGGAGGGUUUAAGUAGAUCAGUGGCGAAGGAGUUGCCAGAAGGAAUGGCAAUUGUUGCUCUUAAUCCUGGUGUGAUACAUACUGACAUGCUCACGUCAUGCUUUGGCACUUCAGCUUCUCUGUACCAGGAUCCUGAUACAUGGGCCCUAAAAGCAGCCACAAUGAUACUCAAUCUAACAGAAGCAGAUAAUGGUGCAUCUCUCACUGUGUGAUACAAGUUCCUAAUCAGCACUCAGGGCACUUGUUUGUUGCAUUGGAUACCCCUGGCCUCUCAAUCAAGGAUAUUUUAUCCCCUCAGUGUUGAAAUUGGCUUGUAGUCGUGUCAUGAGGUCAAUGACAAUAUUAUCCUUUUCUUAUUUCAAUUCUGGCUAAUCAGCCUCCGAAUAUAAACUAAUCACUGACCUGCAACAGUUGGUUACUUUCAUGGAUGGAACGGGAGAGUUUUUCUCAGGACAUCAGAUGUCUACCUAGAACUGACGAGGCAUCGAGAACCGAUGAGAUUUUUUCACGGGCAUGAUACAUAUAUUGGCAUGAGAGUUUGAAUGAAAUCUGUUUAUUCUCUUCAGCAUGUUUUAGCUUUUCUCAAUGCUGAAAGAUUUGUCAAGAAUUUGUUCUUGUCCAGCUAAAGAAAGUAACAGUUUUUUCUUGCACUUGCAUGGAAGUAUUGGUUGCACGAUUCUGAUGUUAGAAUUAAAAAGUGGUCUUCUUGCCAAUCUUGUUCCUGUAUAAAAUCAUUGGUUGCUUGGAAUGUCAACAUUGAAUAAAAUAACUCCCCCUCAGCUAUCUUAGCUGAAAUCUUCUUA